UGACAAAUCAACAUCAAGUUCCGUGGCGGGCCGUGGAGGCGUUGCGUCUGUUUAGGUAAAGUUUUGCAUUUAUGCGGAACUUAUAGUGAAUUUUAUGCAUCAUUUCUGAAAGAAAUGGAAGACCCGGAAGAAAUAAAAGUACAAGAACAGGCGGACCAACAGAAGGAAAAGGAAGAUGAGUCUGAGCAGCAGAACGAGCAGGAGAAGGCCAAGGAAGGAGAAGAAAAGAAAGAACCUGAAGAACCGGAGCAUUUUAGAAAGUUAUUUAUCGGUGGACUCAAUUAUGAAACCACAAAUGAAUCACUGAAGGCAUAUUUUGAAAAAUGGGGAGAAAUUGUAGAUGUUGCUGUCAUGAAGGAUCCAAAAACAAAUAAAUCACGAGGAUUUGGCUUUAUUACAUAUUCUCGUUCACACAUGGUAGAUGAUGCACAGGCCGCUCGGCCACACAAGGUGGAUGGGAGGCUUGUGGAACCAAAGAGAGCUGUUCCUCAAAGGGAUAGUCGACGUCCAGAGGCAAGUGCAACUGUGAAGAAGCUGUUUAUUGGUGGCUUGAAGUCAGAUAUGGAAGAGGAUGAUCUUAGAUUAUAUUUCCAGAAGUAUGGUCGCAUUGUGUCAUGCAGCAUUAGCAGAGAUAAAGAGACAGGCGUUAAAAGAGGUUUUGGAUUUGUUGAGUUUAAGGACUAUGAUGCUGUGGACAAAAUAUGUUUGCAGAAACCUCAUGUGAUAAAAGGGAAAGAAAUUGACUGUAAAAAGGCAUUACGCAAGUCACAGUUACCACCAGCUAAGAAGCGUCGAGGAGGAGGUGGUGGCAGCUGGAAUGGAAGAGGGGAUUAUGGCGGUGGAUUUGAAGCUGACCCAUGGAAUGACUACUAUGGCGGUCCAGAUGGUCCAGGAGGUGGUUACUGGGGCCCUGAUUAUCCCUGUGGAGAUGGAGGGGGAUUCUGGGGUGAUGAUGAUUUUGGUGGUGGAUGUUACCAGCAGAAUUAUGGAGGUGGACCUGUUAGGGGUAGUUUUGGAGUUGGUGGUGGAAGACCAGGUCCAUAUUCAGGUGGAUAUGGUGGUGGCCCAAGACGAUUUUAAACCAUCUGAUGUGGGUUUUUUACCAUACUUGGUACUGUGGUUCUUCCACUACCACUGUACCUUGGCUAGCUGAUGGGGCAGGGCAGUGCAGUGCAGACAGAUUGCAGGAUUUAAUAUGCAUUGCCCAAACAUAGGUGAGGCAGUAUCUCCUGAAUGCUGUCUUGAUCUUUUUUAAAAGGAAAUCAUUGUAUAUAAUAUUGAAUGUUGAAACUAAUAAUGAGACAACAGAGAUUCCAAAUUUUGAAUGUUUAUGUUUCCAUGUUUAUGAGUGAAAGUUAAUGAAACUGAUUUAUAAGCUUGGAUGUAGAUUUGUUUUUAGAUGGCUAACAAAUGAUGGAUCUUGCUGAACUGGUAUUGUGACAAACAGUAGCAAGAAAAACAUAUUUGUUGAUUUAGAUAUGUCAAGACACCUCUUGCUGUUUUAAGAGAAUGAUAAUUUAUUUAUCCUAAUACUGUAAAAAUGUACAUUUUGGUUCCCAGAAAUUAGGGUGUGAUUCUUAAUAGAUGGCUCUGUUCACAAAUGUGGCAAAUCUGUUUGUCUGAAUACUUGUAUUUCUUCUGUAUAAUAUAUUUAUUGGCCUCAAAAUUCUAACCUGUACUGAAUAGGAAGUUCACUCCAGCCAGAAUAUAUCUCGUAAACUGCACCUAGUUCUUGUUGAUUUUAAUAUGCCUCAGUCAUUCAGUAUCAUACUGGACAAACACUAUUUGUAGUGUCACUCUGACCAUUCACCUCCAUAUAGUAUUGAGGCUAAGAAUGUGUGUGGAGCUAUACCUCCACCCUCCAGCACAUCUUCAUGAUGUGGUGUUUAAUCAAGUACAGUACAUUCACCUUAGAAUACUGUAUUGGUUAAUUCAAAAUACUGCCUAAUUCAGAGUAGUUAUUCAAAUCCUGUGAGUAGUAAAUUUUGAAUACAAAAUUGUUGUCUAAUGUAAACUCUGAAAUACGUGUGUAAAUGCAAUACACAUUGUUAUAAGUACUCUGCACACUCCUGGAAUAUUUCCUGAAUCACAUAAAACAACUGACCAGAGAGCACCUGGAGGACAGUGAGAUGGCAGGCUGCGUACUGAAAGCCAUUGUGCCAUUGUGCACGACAUCAUAGUUUCCAGACGUCUAUGAUGUUGAAAUAUUUUCCUUUUUCUUCCACCCAGCUAAACUGUUUAUCUCAGAUGAUUUGUAUGUUACAUUGUGAUCAUACUACUUGUAGAUGUGAUGCAGGUAGCUUAACUGUAAAUCAGUGUUAACAGGAGCUCUGUUUCUACACUUUUUGCUGCUGUCUGUAUAGCAAACUGACAAAAGUGCUCUGUCAUUGGGAAGAGUUUCACACUGCAGUGUUCUCACAUCACAGAAGGAGCAAAGAUAACUUUCUUUUAUUAUGAACAUAUUUAAAUGAUCUGAUGAGGCCAGAGGCUGAACCUAAACAGUUGGCAUUGGCAACACAUUCUCAUCUCUAAGUCACUGUUACAUGAGACUUUUCACAGAACUCAUAGUCUGUGAGCUGAACAAGUCUUGGGUGAGCUGACUGUCUUAUGUGCAUGCAAAUCUAUCCAAGUGGAGCCAGAUACAGUGGAAGGAUUUAAUCUGAACUGAGUUGACAUGGAAGGAAUUCACUGACUUUGUCCGUAUGUGCUUAUCAGGAGCAGCUAGUGAACUAAAGAAGAUGCCUAGCACUAUAUAAGACUGAAUAUACAGUGACCCCCUAUUUAUUCAGUGAGAAAAUAAAGGGGAAGAAAGAUUUUUCAUCAAUAUUGAAUGUGUGGUUUAGUUCUGAGGGUUAUAAGUAAGAAUAAUUAAAAAUUAUGUUAUUAAGAAGUGAG